AUGGAAGACAUCGACAUAUUGCUCUUGCCCCAAGGGGAUGAGGGUUCAGGCUUUCGCACUCAAAAUGUGGGCAAUCAGAGGGCUCGCCGCGUUCUUGUCGACCGUGGUGACACAUUGGUGGCCCGGUCGAGCAUUGUCACUAUCGAUCAUGGAACUUUGACACCUGACAAUGAGGAGACAAACGAACUGGGAGAACCAGCUACGCUUCUGGUGUUCGAGUUUCGGUUCAUUUGUCACAAACAAAGUCGCCGCUUCUGCAAUGCGAAAAUCACCCUCACCUUUGAUGACGCUAGCGGAAAUACCAGAAACCAGCCUGAGAUUCAUCGGAUGUGGCCAGAAGGUGCAUUCGCACUAAACAAGAAAACCACCACCCGGAACGUCAAACAUACUGUCAGCGGGGGUCUGAGUGCUGGGAACAGCCCAAUAACCGCAGGAAAUCUCGGAUAUGAGUGGCAGAUGGAGGCUCCGCAGGAUCAGGUCCACUAUACCAGUCUCAGAGGUAUCAAGCGGAUGUUCGAUAAAAACAUGGGCCUAUUUAGCCACGAAGCCUUGCUUGAAAGUUGCCUUGACUAUCUCGACCUUGUCCUCCCACAAUUGAAAAAAGCGAGUUCGCACAACUCACUAGCCCCUGAGCUCGGCCUCCUCCGUUAUGUCACGCUGUGUUGGCCUAGGCAUUGCCAAGAAGACGAGUCCGACAAGUCUGUCAUCCGCGCGUUUCAGUUCCUGUCCCGUGAGAAAGACUGUGGCGUUUGGAUAAUGUGGUAUAACAAACUCGAGAGGAAUGGGAAUCCUAUUCCCGAGGCAGAACAAACACCGCUUCAAAUCGCCUGCCGCUUUGGACUGGUUGGGCUGGUGAAGCAUUGUAUCCCCAUAACCAAGGUGGCAGAGAAUGCACAGCCCAUAAUGGACGGAGCGAUAGAGAUUGCAGCGAGAUAUGGGUACGAAGAGAUCAUUAAGGUCCUUCUUUCCCAUAGCGCUGUCGCAUCCCCCAUAGCCCUGAGCUUGGCCGUACGGACUGGAUCAGAAAGCUGUGUAACCGAAAUAAUCAAUGCAGGCGUCAACGUUGACCAGGAGGAUAAAAAGAGCUACUCCCCCCUUCACUACUCUGUCUUGGCCGGCUUCCCUGGGAUUACCGCCCUGCUAUUGGCAAAUGGCGCCACAAUCGACAAGGCGGGUCCAGAUGGGGCUACUGCCCUGCAUCUCGCCGCAAUGACCGGCCAUAAUGUGAUGGUGGAAGGUCUCUUAAAGUCUAAUGCAACAAUUAACCUACCCGAUGCCUCGGGAUAUGAUGCCCUGAAAGCUGCUGCCCGUGCUGGAUCAAGUGGGAUUGUGAGAUUGCUGAUCGAAGCUGGCGCAAACCCGCACACUUUUGCAAAUGACGGGAACAAUGCCCUCCAUGUGGCCUUGGAGGCCGGAGACCUGGCUGUUAUCUCUAUAAUUCUUGAUCGGACUCAAGAUGUAACAUCAUGCAAUCAAGCGGGGUACAGACCCCUAGAUCUUGCCGCUCAACAAGGCAACCUCCAUAUUUUGCAAGAGCUGAUUCAACGACUUGGAAAUCCCAGUGUGGAUAACAUCAUGCAAUAUGGUGAUGAGUCUACGGAGGAUACUUGGCGGUUCCCGGAAGACAGCAGACUGCCGCUGUUGGCAAUUUCCGCUCGGCAUGGCCACAGGGACAUAAUCAAAUGGUUCCUUCAAUCCUCUAAUCGCAUUGGAAGGGAGGCAGGUAGUUGGGCUAUUUAUGAGGCAGCAGCAGGGGGGCAUGUCGAGGUCUUGGAGGAGCUUCUUCCGCGAGGAGAAUCUGAGAAAUGGCCUGUUGCUCUGGACCAAAUGGGCCAGACCCCACUGCACAUGGCAGCCAAGCGAGGGAAUCGAGCAGCACUGGAAGGGCUUUUGGAAUAUCAUCAAUUCCAUGUCGAUAUGACCGAUGGCAGAAAAUGGACUGCUCUUCACCAAGCAGCAGCGUCUGGUAAUAACAGCAUCAUAGAUCUUCUGAUCGAGAAUGGCGCUACCAUAGCCUAUGCAGAUUGCGAGGAGAAAACCCCUUUGCAUAUCGCCGCCCAGCAGGGUCAACUUAAGGUACUGCAACAGCUCUUGACUGUUAUGUCGGAAGUUGAUGUGAUGGAUUCUAAGGGUGAAACUCCAUUUUCUCUCGCUGUGGAACAAGGUCACACAGAGAUCGUAUCAUAUCUCUAUGAGACUCAUGACAUCACCAAGGAUCUAGGAUAUCACAAGCCUGUGCUCCACCGUGCAGCUCUGUAUGGACAUAACGACCUAGUACGGCUUUUCAUAGACUAUAAGUGGGACGUUAAUUCCCGUGCAAUAUUUGGGCAAACGCCAUUGCACUUUACGGCCCACAAUGAUCAUUUGGAAGUCGCUAGUACGUUGAUUGAUGCAGGUGCAGAUUUCAACACCGUUGAUGAAUUCGGGCGGACACCGCUAUACCAUGCGGCGUCACAUAAUUCUCCAAAUGUCGCACAGCGGCUACUUAAAGCAGGGGCAAAUCCCAACCCUCUGGACAACGAGGAUGACACUCCACUGUAUCAAGCAGCCUACAGGGGCAACCUGGAGGUAGUCAAGGUGCUUUUAAGUGAGUUGUUACACGAGGGGCUGAAUCUCCAGUGUUCUGGAGGCUGGACUGCACUUCAUGCGGCGUAUGACUCUCCUGAAAUUGUCAAGACUUUGUUGGCCGCGGGAGCCAAUCCAUUUAUACUGGAUAGUUAUUCUAAGACAUCACUUGCUUUAGCUUUCGAGAAUAGCUAUGAAGAAACAUGCAACGAACUCAUCUCAGCCAUGGAAAAGCAAGCUCUACAGGAUGUGAAUUUACAAAUGGCUGCCAUCCAUGAGAUUGCGGCUGUGGGAAACAUACAGGCUCUGGAUAGGCUUUUUGUGAGCGGUGUGGAUUUUGAUAUUCGAGGUGAAGAUGGGGCAACUGCUCUUCAUCAUGCUUGUCGAAAUGGACAAAAGGAGACGGUCGAGAUGUUGAUCCAGAGGGGUGCAGACAUACAGAGAGUUAGCAGCCGCUGGGGAGCUCCUAUCACCGCAGCGUCAGCGGGUGGCUCCGCUGAGAUUGUGGAGCUGCUGUUAAGCAAGGGGGUUAAAAUUAACAGUGUUAAUGAAGAGGAUGACACUGCCUUGACUCUUGCUUUGGCGAUGGGGCAUACUGAGAUCGCCCGGUUGCUGCUCAAAAAUGGGGCCAACCUGAAUCACAUGGGCAGGAAACAUGGCUCAGCACUUAAAAUUGCCAUUGAACGGGAGAACUUGGACUUUGUGAAGUUGCUUCUUGAAAAUGGAGCAAAUUUUGCCAUAGACACACCUGGAUCCCCUCCAUUACUUCAUGUCGCUGCCCAAAUCAAUAACCGAGACAUCAUGGAGGCUCUCGUUGAGGCGGGGAUGAAUGACUUGGCUGUCCGUGAUUCCGCCGGGCGCUCAUUGCUUAUUGUUGCAAUUUUCAACAAAGCACAGCAAAUCGUGGAUUUCUUGCUCGAACACCGAGAACUCAAUUUGGAUGUGCAAGAUGGAGCAGGGAGAACGGCCCUCAUCAUUGCAGCCGCUCAAGGGAGCCACGUCGUGACCGAAUUGUUGCUUAGGAAAGCCAACCCAGACAUUCCUGAUAUGGAAGGGAAAACAGCCCUAAUUCAUUCCAUUCUGAGUGAAGACAUCCAGACCAUCCAGGAGCUUUUGCAGCAUCAAGCCAGCCUGGCAGUAUCAGACGUCCGGGGGCACAAUCCGCUAUAUUGGGCAUGUCUAACGGAUAACACGGAAGUCUUUGAGGUCAUCCUGCAGGCUGCUCAAGAUUCAGAAUCCCUCAUUUCGCUGAGUGAAUAUGCCCUUCAAGCCGCUGUUGCUGUAAAGCGCUCCGACUUUGUGCAAAAGCUCCUGAGUAACCCCGAUGUCAACCCCAAUGCCCCGUCACCGGACGGAUGGUCCCCUCUGUUUACAGCUCAACAUCUCAAGCUACCAGAGAUCGAGCGCCAACUGCUUGAUGCAAACGCGGUUGAGGACGUUCCUACCUCCUCGGAGCCUUAUCCUCGUCCAUCUCGCUUCCAUCCCCAAGAUAGGCAUGUGGCUUUACAUGUCAGCGAAACUGGAAAGGAGGUGACCGUUGGUGCUUGUCCUAUCGAUCCCUAUAAUACCGAUGAGCCUCACGGUGCCAUCCGGUCUGAUUAUCCCAUGAAUGGCAUCGGGUUCUUUUAUUUCGAAGUAACCAUCAAGAAAGGAGCGGCGGAAAACGUUAUCGGGGUAGGAUUUUGUGACGAGAAAGCGCCGCUUCAUCACAUGCUAGGUUGGGAUGAAGGCUCCUGGGGGUAUCAUGGGGACGAUGGAAAAACUUAUGGACGCGGGUUUGGGAUUGAAUAUGGGGACGUCUAUUCCACGGGCGAUACUAUCGGCUGUUACGUCAAUCCUAGUCGAGGAACUGCAUUCUACACGAUCAACGGCAAAUCACUUCGUCAGUCUCCCUUUCUAGCCUUUUUGCCACCCUUGAUUUAUCCCCCUUUGAUUAUCCCAAAUGCAUUCGACUGA